AUGCCCCCCAAGGCCUCGGCAGCUCACCACGCCCCCUCCCCCUCUCCUCCGCCCCACAUCAACCACGGCCAAGACCUGCUGGUCAUCCAGGACAUUGCCGACACCCUCGACCAGAUCCCGCCCGAGCUCACCAGGGUCCAUAGCGACCUCAACGAGCUUGGUGCUGUGUUGUACUCUACCCUAGUCAGCCUGGAGAAGAAGCUGCAUACCCUGAUAGGAUGGAUACAGGACCCCACCGUGACAUCCGAGAAGCGUUUCGAGCUGCUGCAGGAGAUUGCAGAGGAGGCCGCGAGGUACAAGCUGGGAGGGGACGACAAGAUUCGGGUCGCCGCUGGGGCUUGUGAUGGUAUCAUGAACCACCAAAAACACAUUUCCACGCUGCUCAAAUCUGCGACACUGCUCAACCCCUCACCGCCGUCUCCCUACUCGCAAGCGCUUACUCUCCCCUUCCCCGCACCUGCGCCCACAGGCCGGCGCGUCGCCCGUGCUGUCAAUUCGCCGUUCGGCGGGAAAGGCUACAGUGGUAGUAAUGCAGGGCCUUCAGAGACGCGCGUGGGUGAUACCCCGACCAAGCAGAAGAAGAGGAGCCGGGUGCAGCAGCUGGGGGCGAGGGACGACGAUGAGAGUAGUAGUGCGGGCGGAGGGCCCAAAAAGGUUGUCAAGAGGAGAAAGCAAAAUCGAGCAGCAUCGCCUACAGAAUCGGUGGUGUCUACUUCCGGCUUUGGCGGCAAGGCCGUCGAACCCCGUACAGCCCGUCAACUGGCCGCUGCCGCCAACCGUGCGCGACGCGAAGCCGAAGACGUCAACUCGGACACCGAGUCUCGUACAGGCAACGACGAUGGACCCAGUACGACCAAAAAGAGCGGCCCGCCCAUGCAGCCGACCUUUUCGACAGACUCCAAGGGUCUGGGGUUGGAUGUAGGGAGUAGGGAGGGGAGCAGGAGCGCGAAUGCGACGCCGACGUUGGCGUACGCUUCGACGCUGCCGAGUCAGACCGACGUCAAGCGCCCGUCUCGUCGAGGUGGAAAGAGGCCUAAUGCUGCUGCCAAUGAAAAUGACGACGAGGAAGAGGAGGAUGUCUAUGAGGACAGGCGGGACGCGCAAGUAGCAGACAUGUUUGAGGACGGCGGUGGCGCUGGAGACGAGGUCGACUCGAAUGUCUACUGUACUUGUAAACAGGUCAGCUAUGGUGAGAUGAUUGGGUGUGACGACGAUGACUGUGAGAUUGAAUGGUAUCACAUUGCGUGUCUCGGUCUCGACAAGACGCCAGAAGGCAACUGGAUCUGUCCUACGUGUGCAGAGAGGAGGAGGAAGCAGCCCAAGGUCAAGAAGGCGACCAGGGGGAGGGCGAGAAAGUAG